UUCGUCUUCCGCACACGCGCGCCCCUUUCCCCGGCCUUCAACCAUCUUUUUCCAUUUACACGGGCCUGCAGAUCAUGGCAUUUGGCGAAAGAGGCGGUCGUGGCGGCUUCGGACGAGGCGGAGGAGGCGGCAGGGGAGCUCCCCGCGGUGGUGGAUUCGGUGGUCGUGGUGGCCCCCCUGGUCGGGGUGGUAUGCGUGGCGGACGCGGCGGUGGUCGUGGUGCCCCCGGCGGUCGUGGAGGUCCCCGUGGCGGCGGACGUGGACGCGGUGCUCCUCGCGGUGGUCGUGGUGGUGCCCGCGGCGGCGCAAAGACGGUCAUCGAGCCGCACAAGCACGCCGGUGUCUUCAUCGCCAAGGGCAAAGAGCAGAUGCUCGUCACACGCAACCUCGUUCCCGGCGAGUCUGUCUACGGCGAGAAGCGCAUCUCUGUCGAGGGUCAGGAGGAGGGCACCAAGACGGAGUACCGCGUGUGGAACCCGUUCAGGAGCAAGUUGGCCGCUGGCAUCCUCGGUGGUUUGGAUCACAUCUUCAUCGGGCCAGGAAACAAGGUCUUGUACCUGGGUGCCGCCAGCGGUACGAGUGUGAGCCAUGUCGCGGAUGUGGUGGGUCCGGAGGGGACGGUGUACGCGGUCGAGUUCUCGCCUCGUUCGGGACGCGACUUGAUCAACAUGGCCAAGAAGCGGACGAAUGUUAUUCCCAUCGUUGAGGACGCGCGUUUACCGCAGAAGUACCGCAUGCUGCUCGGGAUGGUCGACACGAUCUUCGCCGACGUUGCGCAGCCGGAUCAGGCACGUAUCGUGCUCGAGAACGCGAAGCAAUUUCUGAAGGACGGCGGACACAUCGUCGUGUCCGUCAAGGCUAGCUGCAUUGACUCGACUGCGCCGCCAGACGUAGUGUUUGCGGCGCAAAGAAAAGAGCUGGAAGAGGGCGCUUGCAAGCCGCUCGAGCAGCUCACCCUGGAGCCGUACGAGCGAGACCACGCUAUGAUUACUGCCGUGUACUUGAGGCAUAAGAAGAGCACUUGAGGUGUCUUCGUUCUUUGUCUUCGUCUUGUUUCUCGGACUCGGAUCUGUUGCUUGUAUCUUAAAAGUAUCUGCCCUCUGUACUGUUCUGCUUGCUAUAUAUAAUGGCCCUCCCACGAAGCCGCGAUCCGCGCAGAUAGAGUGAG